GUCGCCUCAUCACGAACGAGACUCAUAUAGACAUUGCAUGGAUGAUUCGGCUGUUUGAUUUGAAUUGUACGUACUAUCACCAAGACCAUGUUUUUCUUGGCGGAGAAGGACAGUUUUGGUAUACGUUUCAUGUCGCAGCUCUUGAAAGAGGUUGGUACGUGUGACAUGGUUGUGAAGGAGUUCCAGCCAUCAUUGGCCUUGGUGGGCGGUGAUUUUGCAGAAGAACUACGGCAAAAAUGCACAGAGUUGAUUCAAAAGAUGCCCAAGUGGAAGAAUUGUGAGGAUCAUACCAGACCUCGGUUUGCCAACUGACAUUUGAAACAUGCAUGUCACCGUGCGGAACAUGACUUCAGGAAAUCGACUUCGUGCGGCCAGGUGGGUUCCACCGGCAUUCCGCGAUUGCUGGUUGACUGGACACGAUUCUUCCAAGUCGUUGACUCUGGUUUUCCGCAGCAUCGCCGGCUACCAUGGGACCUAGCAAUGCCCUCUCCACGUCUGCUUACUGUACCGUCAUCUCAUGGUAAACCUGCUUUCGGUCGUCACCGUGCUAAGCAUCGUGACGUCGGUGGCCGAGGAUGACUGCUCCCAGGAGAAUGACGUAGUCUUCCUGCAGACGGCCCUGACGACUGAGCAAAGCAGGUUCGCCACACAAGCUGUUCAAGUGCCCUCCUUACUAGAACUGAAGGCAGAGCACCUCGCACAGAAUGGCUCUUCCAGCAGUGUCAUGGUCAUGGUGGUCGUCAUCCUGGUGAUGCUCUUUUUGAUCCCGCUGAUCGUGUACUCCCUCUCCGACACGAGUAGUUCGGGUUCGGGACACAAGCUCUUAGAAGGAGACGGCACCUAUAGACAGGCUGGCCCCUCCCGCUCGGCCGCUGGCUCGCAGCGUCAGCUUCGGACCCCAGGUUCACAGCGCCUUUCCGUGGAAUCCAAGGCGGUGCUGCCCCCAACCGCCGCACAAUACUCACCCUCUGAUGGGCCUCCGGUGAUUUGCCGAGAGCUGGUGUUGCCGGAGACCGAGGCGCGCUUCCUCAUCGAGGCUGCCAG